AUGAUUUACAAGUGUUUCAGUUUGGUUGUUCUUUUGACGGUGCUGCAAAGUGGCAAGGGUGAAGACUACGUGGUGGCUCUGGCAUAUAGAGGCAAAGACUCGUACAUCAGGUACACAGCCGGAGAAACCGGGGGCCUGAUGGAGAUACAGUAUCCACACUUCGCCAAAAGAACAUCCAAUGUGUUGGGUCCCUUCCAGGGUACUUGGCACCCUGUAAGCGAUAAGAUGAAAAUCACUAGUGUUGUAGAAAAUACAGCUGUCGUUGUAAGCGGAAGUGACGAAAAUGUAAACAUUGUGGUAGCCGCUGACGGUGUAUUCUCUCCUCUUCCUAUAUCUGCCCUUGGAACCAAGUACAUUCUACCUUCCAGUCUUGUACCCAACAGUAGUUAUCAAUCCUUGCUACUGAUAGCUACACACAACAUGAGCACCAAUGUUGAUAUAUCCUUUCGAAUAGAAAAAGGAAGUGUUAACUUUGUCAACUACGUAUACGGUGACGGCGAUACUCUGCCCCUCAAACUUGAUCCAUAUCAAACGGUAAUGAUGUCAACCCCACAUGAUCUGAAUGGAACGGUCAUUAACAGUGGACACAGUGUGGCCGUCUACAGUGGUAUAGACUAUGCCUCGAAGUACACUGUGUAUGACCAACUACUGCCUGUCAAGCACCACGGGCAGGAGUAUGUUGUUGCUGUAGAUGACACCAAGCUGGAGCUGCAGAUCAUCAGUGAACACAGCCACGUGCAGAUUACGUUCAGUACCUGGGCCACAGUCUCUACAGGUGAGCGUCGUCUCUAUAACCGCUCACUUGAACAGGGAGAAAGUCUUCACUUCACCACCACACGCCCGGUACUGGUGACACUCAGUAGAACAGAUGGUUACAGCAGUGUCUUCACAACUGUACCACCUGUACACUCUUACGUCACACACAGGGGUGUCUGGUUUCAAGGUAACAAUCUAAAUACAACAUUAAAGAUAAUAACUGAGAAGACAUCGAGUGUGUUGAUUAAAAACAAACAACUCAACGAUGUUCUGACAUGGACAGAUGUACCGGGCAGCAGAUACAAAGUUGGCACAGUGACACUUUCACCACAACAAUAUACACGUUUUACGUCCAUUUCCAGCGACCUCCCCUUCACAGCACUGUCUUUUUAUAACGGAUCGGUCCAUAACAUCGGCUAUAAUGUGUCUGCAGAGGAGGCAGUACAUUAUACAGGUGAAAGUUACUUGAUGGCAGUGGCGGAAUACGAUCCCCCCUCUAACAACCACCCCCGGAUACUCGCCACUGCUGGGGAGACAGGAGGCCAGUGGCAGGUACAGGAUCCUCUCGCCGGGCGUGUCUGGUCUCGACGCUUCAAUCCUUACAACACAGACUACUUUUAUCCUAAUACCACAACAACCAAGGUAGUGCUUGUGCAUGUGAGAGCUGCUGUUCAUAUCAAUGUGAAGCUGACCCCUUACACAUCAUUCUCUCCCCUUCCUGUGUCCGCACUAGGCACCAAGUACAUCAUUUCUUCCUGUCUUCCCACUGACAACAUAUACAGAUACACAAGAUACAGAGUAGUCUUAGUGAUAGCUACACACAGCAAGAAGGCGGAUGUUGACAUUAUCUUCAGAUUGGAGGGCAACGUCACCUAUAAGGACAGAGCGUACAGCAACGGGGACACCCUCAGUAUCAGAUUAGAUAAGUAUCAGACUUUCUCCAUAACCAGUUCAUCUGAUAUGACCAGAACCAUUGUUAAAGCCACGGAAACAAUAGCUGUCUACAGUGGAACAUACUAUACGACGUCGAAAUUCAUCUCUACCUACGAGCAGUUACUGCCUGUGAAACAUUAUGGAAUUUUCAACCCCCCGAUAAAGUGGAAGGAAGUUCCAGGAACAAGAUACAAAGUGGGAAUAUUACAAAGUGGUCAACACAUAACAGCAAUUCGUUCUAAUUCUUCCUUUGCUGUCCUUGGAUACGAUUAUGAUAAUAUAUACAACGGAGGAUACAAUUUUAGGACACAUCUUGAUGCAGAGACCUCUACACCAGAUGGAAAUGGAAACAAGUUGACUACAGAUGAUUCUUUCCAAGCAGAACCGGACAACGCGGCGCUGAUCGUGGGGAUAAUCUGUGGGAUUGUUAUUGUGGCUCUCCUGGUCGUCUUUAUGGCAUAUGCGUUCUAUACCCGCAGGAAGAUGAUGCCAGUUAAGAGAGUUGCAGAACAAGAUGCCGAUGCUCCCCCGACCUCCAACAUCUACACGGUGCUUGACAGUGUCGCUGAAGGUGCAGCAGAUGAGGCCACCUACACGGGGCUAACAACUAACUGCACACCUGUCGACGUCAGCAUCGUCGACAGUGCUGCCACAUAUGUUAAUUUCGACUGCGGAAAAUAACUCGAAAGUUAACACAAAUGCAUCGAAGUGUUAUGGAAACACAUUCUGAGACAUUACCAUGUCUUAGUGUAAAAACGUAUAUUCUCUGCACACAUUAACUAAACCUUCAUGUUAUACUUUAUUAUCUAUGUACAAAUGUUAUAUUUUCCAAAGAAUAUAUCUAACGUUGUCAUAUGUGAAUAUUCAGAGGUUAUGAAGAAAUAGUAUAUGUCUCAGAAUACACACAGAUAUUUGAUUGUAUUACAUUACAUUUCAAAAGGUAACUACUGUCGUAUGUACAUGUAGGUGGUGAAUUUAAUUCUACUUGAGCAAAGAAUAAUGCAUCAACCAGGACAUGACUCACGUACAUGGAUGCAACAACUGAAAUUUAUGAAACACAGAAUGAAACAUGGCAACAUGUUCUUUGUCUUCUGAAACAAUCUCUUGUCGAGCCAUUUAACUAAUAUUCUUUGAGAACGGUCAGAUAAGGGUGUAUUAAUUGAACGGGUUCCAGACCCCAUUUGGUUUUAAGUAAAAUAGGAUCAUUCACAAUACCGCUACAACAUGUUGAUUGUGGAAAUGGUCUUAUCACUUUUAUUUACCGGUUGAUUAAACCAAAGGCUGCUUUCACUGACAGUAAUUAACCAAAUUUCUUGUGGUGAAACGAGUAACGCUGACCUCUGAUCAUUGGAAAAGGAAGAAGGAAUUGAAACAACAUUUUUAAGCCUUAUUUUAGUUUUCAGUGUACCAUUUCACUCACUGGGCUGCAAUUGUGAAUUAGGUGAUCGAUUUGCCAGUGUCACAUGUGGGAGAAUAAGGGCAAACCCACAGCAGAGAUCUUAUAACUUUUCAUUUUUGGUUAAGCAACUUUUUAUUUUAUUCGUAAGGUUGUUUUUGCUAUUAUUUUAUUCUUGUUGUUUAUUGGGUUGUUUAGUAUUCAAUUACUUGAUUACAUACAUGUCCAUGCCACGCCGUGAUAUAACUGGAAUACUGUUAAAAGCGGCGUUAAACCCAACUCACUCACUCAUUCACAUGUACAUACAGCUUAAGCACUUUCAAUUGUUUCUUCAUUUUGGAACUAGAAACCUGGAUGCUUUUGACAGAGGGUUUGGUUUAAGGUUGGUAACACGUGUACCCAUAAAGUGAAGUAGCAGUUCCUAUGAAGAUAUCAUUCAGUUAAGUUUCAAAUGAAUGUUUAAUGUGCUGAGCAUAUGUUCAUUGUAACACAAUGACUUAACAUUGAUAUUCAUUACAUAUGGUUUUAUAUAUAUUUUCAGCUUGUACUUGUGAAUAGUUAUUAUGAGGUUAUGUAAAACGUUCAACAUAAGACUUUUCAGCAUGCGACAAACCAUCUUGAUUACAAAACAGUUACAUGUGGCAGCAGGUGAGGAAGUCUUCAUGAAACUGGUCCCAUUUGUUUUUGUAUAUAUUGCAUUAUUGCGCGGCUCCUUCACGAUAAGGCUAUGUGGUGCAUAAAGCACAUCUCUUUAAAAACCAAUUUCAAUUUGUUGUGGUGAGUAUCCCUGACAUCCAUUUCAAGGAAAAGCUCCGCACUGGGGUUAAAUCGAUGUUAUUAUAAAGUUAAGUUAAAUUGCAGUUUAGAUGUUGUAUGUUCAACAAUCUAUACCCAUCUGUGUUACUAUAUUAAUAUAGUAUACACAGAACAGAGCAACGCGACAACAGUCUCAAGCUAGUUUUUACUUUUUCAGUUUUCUUCAUUUGGUCACAAGAGUUAGUCAGGUUUUUUUUAACAGUGAUUCAAUUAUGUCACAGUAACCUAAUGUGAGAAGAUAGCCUUGCGUGAUCGUUGAAGAUGUUAGGUCUUGACUUUUUUGUGCAGCAACCUUUUCUUGUGUUUGACCAUGCUUCUUAUGAUUUCAUUGUUUAUUGUUUACUGACACGAUUCAACAUUUAAACUACAUUCUAAUAAUUUACUCUUGUAAUAUAUAUAGCUUUGUCAUUUAUUCAUAUAUGCAUAUCUUUUAAUCUGAUAUACUGGUAUCUCUUUCAUUUGCGUGAGGCUGUUUCUAAAUUUUAAGACCACUUUAAACAUUUUUAAAUAAUCUUGAGGCUUUUUUAAGAUGAUUUUGUUUAGAUCUGAUGUUUUCACAUGAAAUAAAUUUCAGUAAAGUAUUUCAUGAAGCUUUGAAAAGUAAUGUUUCGUUUGGAGAUUUCUGAAUAUUGAUUGUGAUUCCAAUUUUAACCUGCUAGAACCAU